AAUUGGCCAAGCUCCUGAAGCGUGAAUCAGCACUUCAGACCACUGACAGUAGCCUACAGCUCGACUCGAAACGGGUCAGUAAUCUUGUCGCCUACAUCCUUUUUGCCGCGGUGGAAAGGACGCAGCGCUGGCGCUCUCCUCCUCUCCUCUCCUCUUCUCUCCAUCGUGUAUACUUGACCAUCAUGUGGGUGAAGUCGGUCACAUCGGUUUGUAAUAUCCGGGUUGGUCAGAGGGAGUGCCUUUACUCUGAUUCCCAAUAGAAAGACGCUACACAGCAGCACCUCGCGUACCACAGCACAGCACAGCCGCAGAGCAGCCCGUUCCUCCGUUUCAAGGAGCAUGCCUGGAUCUUUCUGCCAGAGAGGAAUAGAGCGAGAGAGAGUCAAGCGACGAGAAACAUAAACAUGGAUGAUUUUGCUUUUUAAUGCCUUGGAAUUAGCUCGCGUGGCUUCGCAUGGACACUUCAUUACUUAUGGUUUAGCGAGUAGGCUACAAACUAGUCACACCAUUCCAUUCGUCCGUCCCGUUGUCAGUAUGGAGAAAACGCUAUACGGAUCGCCUGGGACUGCGAAAGGGAACUCGGGAUCUCUACCCACCACGGACAGGGGGAAUUCAGCAAGGAAGACGGGCAGGACUGGUUCCCACAGCCCAGGCUCGGCCUCACUCGGCUGCCCAGGGGGAGGUGGUGGAAACCGGGGAGAUAUGUUGGGAAACAGCACGAAUGUGCAGCAAGCGCACAAGCGACAGUUGGAAGGCGUGCUGAGCAAAUACACAAACCUCAUCCAAGGUUGGCAGAACAGGUACUUCGUGCUGGACUCGGAGCAUGGCCAUCUGCAGUACUUUGUGAAUGAGCAUGGGAAGAGCCAGAAGCCUCGCGGGUCGCUACCCCUCACCGGGGCCUCCGUUACCCCUAGCGACGAGGCCCCGCACAUGUUCAUCGUCAACUCUGCCAACGGAGAGCUCUUCAAACUCAGAGCUACGGAUGCCAUAGAGCAGCAGUUCUGGGUGACCCAGCUCCAGGCCUGUGCUAGACGACACUCCGACAGCAGCGCCAAGCAGGUGCGGGAGGUGAAGGUGUGUGAUGAGCAGCGGCUGUGUGUGGACAAGACAGCAGGCUGCCCGGACGGACCGGGCUCGUCAGGUGGUCGUACGCGGUCGUUCUCCCUCCUCCCCCACAUGCCCCCCACCUCCUCCUCUCCGGGCUCCCAGAGGCACCUCCCCCACCCGGGGGGCACCGGGGGCAACAUCGUCACCAUCACCCACCACAAGUCGCCCGCCGCCGCCCGCCGCGCAAAACACCAGUACCCCUCGCGCCUGCAGGAGGUCAAAGAGGUGAUGUCCCAAGCUGAGGGCCAGCAGAAGAGUCUGGUUCAGUCCAUCGAGUCGCUGCCGACGCGCGGUCCAAUCUCCUGCCUGGACCAGGACCUCCUCCUCCUGAAGGCCACCUCAGCCGCCACCCUCAGCUGCCUCGGAGAGUGCCUCAACAUCUUGCAGCACAGCAGCGGUCACCACGCCAACAACCAUCACCAUGGACACAACAAUCACCACGGAAACCACCUUAACCACCUGGGCCCCUCUUCUUCCAGCCUCACCCCUAACAACACCACCGCCACCACCAGGCCCGGACCUGGACUUGGGUCUAGAUCGGGACCAGGACAGGGACUCGGAUCGACUCACGACCCACCCACCGAUUCGUUAGAUGCCAUCCCGUUUUGGACUGUGCCCAGAUGUGUGUCAUCAGAGAGGCUGGGGAGCGGGGAUGAGACAUCACUGGGUACCCCCGAGCCAGCUCUGGCUCUGAAGAAGAAGGCCCUGCCACAGAAUUCUGAGGCCACAGGUAUGGAGUGCAUCAGCCCGACGGAGGAGGUGACGGAUACGGAGGAUAACGAGGAGGAGGACCUGGGGGUGCUGGAGGACCAGAGGAGCAUCAUACUGCACCUCCUCUCACAACUCAAACUGGGCAUGGACCUCACACGGGUGGUGCUGCCCACGUUCAUCCUGGAGAAGCGCUCGCUGCUGGAGAUGUACGCCAACUUCAUGGCCCACCCGGACCUGUUCCUGGCCAUCACCGCGGCGACCACCCCCGAGGAGCGCAUGGUGCGCUUCGUGGAGUACUACCUGACGGCCUUCCACGAGGGCCGGCGCGGCGCCGUCGCCAAGAAGCCCUACAACCCCGCGCUGGGCGAGACCUUCCACUGCUCCUGGGCCGUACCACGCGACCGCGUAAGGCCCCUCAGAACUCACGCGCACUCCCUAGGGCCCCCCUCCCUCGGGCCCCCCACCUCCAGCACCAGCAGCAGGGAGUCCUCUUCCUCUUCGGGCCUUAUUCCACCACCCCUGUCGCCGCACAGGCGACGAUCCGCCACUGGUUGUCACCACGACGACGACAGGGUUUCCGUGUCGUCGUCUUCGUCGUCGAUGGCGAUGAACGACGCCUACCGGGUGCGUUUCGUGGCGGAGCAGGUGUCGCACCACCCGCCGGUGUCGGGGUUCUACUGCGAGUGCGUGGAGAGGAAGAUGUGUGUCAACGCCCACGUGUGGACCAAGAGCAAGUUCAUGGGCAUGUCCGUCGGGGUCUCCAUGGUCGGGGAAGGUGUCCUCUGUCUGUUGGAGCACGAUGAAGAGUAUGUCUUCACGCUGCCGUGUGCCUACGCGCGCUCCAUCCUGACGGUCCCCUGGGUGGAGCUGGGAGGGAAGGUGUCCAUCACCUGUGCCAAGACCGGAUACUCCGCCUCCGUCACAUUCCACACCAAACCCUUCUACGGGGGCAAGGUCCACAGGGUCACGGCGGAGGUCAAACACGGCACCACGGGCACCAUCGUGUGCAAGGCCCAGGGGGAGUGGAACGGAACGCUGGAGUUCACCUAUAGCAGCGGAGAGACCAAAGUGAUUGACACCAACAAGCUGCCAGUUAUCAGGAAGAGAUUGCGGCCAAUAGAAAGACAGGGGCGCACUGAAUCCAGACGGUUGUGGCAGCACGUAACCACGGCACUGAAGGAGGGCAACAUCGACAUGGCAACGGAUGAGAAGCAUCGUCUGGAGGAGAGGCAGAGAGGGGAGGAGAGGCAGAGGACCGCCAACAACAUGCCCUGGAAACCCAAAUAUUUCACCAAGGAGGGGGACGGAUGGGUGUACGUGAACCCCCUCUGGAAGACCCACUGAUGAUGAUGAUGCCCCCUGCAGUACCACCAUACACAACCUGACCCAGGACACAUGGCCGCUUCACAGGACUACACAGACACAGACACAGACACAGACACAGACACAGACACA